AUGCAUGCCGGCACCCAGACUUUUAUACAAGCGCUCCAGGCCGUCCCAUGGGCUGAGGACCAAGACAAUGACGAUGAGGAGAUGAACCAUGAUGCUACCCCCGUAGGCACGGAGAGCGAUGAUGAGGACAGGAGCGUCAACCGCCUCACGUCCUCUAUACAUGCUAUAUACCGACCCCUCGCGCGCUCACGGAAGGGAGAGGCCCCGUCCUCGCAUCGUGCUGCUAGAAGCCCAGACCUUCCGAGUGUGUCUGACAACGAAGAGGCGUCGCGCCCAGACGAUGUCUCGCCUUCGGAUGACGAUACUGAAGGCGAUUUCGAGUCGCACGAAGGAGGAUUGAUUACUGGCCCGGGACAUUCAGGUCGGAUGUCUCCCGAGACGAUACCGGACCUGGAUUCUUCAGUGCUAGAAGCCCAUGGCAGUACGAGAGGAACGGGUCGGUCUGGUAGCAUGGCUACCGUACGGCAGAACAGACGCGCGCAGCUGGCAGGGAAGCUGCGAGACGUGUUCGAGUUGAGCAACAUCAACGAAGUAGUAGCAGAGAUGCCGUGCUGGCUGCUUCGAUCGGUCUUGCUCCAAGGAUAUAUGUAUCUCACGGACGCAUACAUAUGCUUCUUCGCACACCUCCCAUCAAGAGAGGACCAAGUGCUGAAGUCCGGCUUCCUGUUCAAGAAGGCUCAGCGGACAAAGCGUUGGAUCAGACACUGGUUUGUCCUCAAGAACGACGUGCUAUCAUGGUACCAGUCUGCGUCGGAUCCAUACUUCCCGCAUGGAGUCGUCGAUCUGCGGUAUGCGAUCAGCUGCGAACCGGUGAAUCAGAAGGACAUCCGCCUGCGGACCAACCAGAAGUCCAUUCGAUUGUCUGCAGACUCCGUACCCAGUCGCGAUGAAUGGGUCAAGGCCAUUCGCAAGGUCAUGUUGAAGGCUCAGAAUAAUGGAGAUACCAAGAUUGCUAUCCCGUAUCCGACGGUUGUUGAUGUCGACGUAUCAGGGGCGAUGGACUUCAGCGAAACAAUCGAGAUCAAAGUGCAGGACAAGACGACUGACUUGGCGCUCGACUCCUACUUCUUCGCCUACUUCCAAGAUCUACCCACUGCCCUGGAACAGAUCCGGGAUGCCGUUCGCACAUAUCGCGGCAUACCUUCAAUUGACUGUUCGCCUACCGUGGUUGACAGCACCAGCGCUCGGUCGCCCUCGGCACAGUCGCCGACCAAACCCUCGGCAGAUCCUCACACAAAGCACCCAGCAGGCUUUAGACUGACCUCGCUGCUCUGGCCGCUGCAAGAGACGCAUGGCCGCUCGGGUAGCACACAUGGCGCGAACAACGCACAUAACGAAGAUUUCACGCACAUUGUCAAGAAGAGUAGCUCGUCCUUCGUGCCCAUCGCGACGACAAACGAGACCACCUCCCCUACUGAAGGUGGGCCCGGCUCUCUCCGCAACUCGACUGCGACUCUGACACCCACUUCCACCCUCACCGCUUCUGAUCACACGUACCCUCCUUCCACCUCCGCGUCGGUCGUAGACUUCCGCGGGAAUGGCGCCGCGGGCUCGACCAAGGAACCAACCGCGUCUUCGAGCGGGAGCGGAUGGUCGGUGGGCAUACCCUCGAUCCCUUCAAUCCCCGCCUGGCUUCGCGCGCCGUCUCGUAGCUUGUUCGGAGUGCCGUCGACGAGCAACUUAGCGAGGCCGGUCAUCGAGCAUGCGGCAACGGUUCAUUUGCCGCCUAGCGCCCAUGCCCUCCGGACAGUGAGUGAGGUCGUGUCGUCUCGCGCCUCAUCAGCCGGUAAGCUGCCCAGCGCGUCCAUGAGCGGCGAUUUCGGGUUCUUCAGUAUCCUUGAAACCCCGGAGACCGCGGUAGACAGCGAGAUGGUCGAUAAGUUCCGCGACGCGUUCGCGUUUGAUGACAAGGAGAACCUGCUUGGCAUGUUCACGGGAUAUCUGUUCCGGUUGUUGCCUGUUUAUGGCCGUCUUUACGUUUCCGAUAAUUACUUCUGCUUCAAGUCCAGCGGACCACUGACCUCUAAAACAAAGAUGAUCCUCCCACUGAGGGAUGUACUUGCCACGGAGAAGUCAAAGUCCUUCCGUUUCGGCCAUCACGGUCUCGUAGUUAUCGUCAAGGGGCACGAGGAGCUGUUCUUCGAGUUCGUCGACGAAGAGCGACGCAACGCCCUCAUCAGUGUCCUCCAGAAGCAGAUCGAGGUUGUGCGGCAGCGGACGAGCUCUGGCGACCCGCGCGCACCCUCGGACGGCCACCACGAAGCUCUGAUCUUGGAGGAAUAUGGCGCUCGAAAUGCGCUCGACAUGGACGAGUCGCGGUCGACCUCGUCCGAAUCCGCACCGGCGUACAUGUUCACAUCACAAUCGUCGACGUUCCUCUCUUUCAAGCCGGAGAAGUCGCUCCACUUCACGUUCCUCACCAUCGGUUCGCGUGGAGACGUCCAGCCGUACAUCGCGCUUGCCAAGGGCCUCAAGGCGGACGGGCAUCGUGUGCGUAUUGCCACUCAUGGCGAGUUCAAGGAGUGGAUCGAAUCCCAUGGGAUCGAGUUUGGCUAUGUAGGCGGCGAUCCUGCGGAGCUCAUGCGUAUAUGCGUCGAGAACGGCACCUUUACGGUCGCCUUCCUCAAGGAAGGCGUACAGAAGGCGAGUAGCUUCCGAGGAUGGAUAGACGAUCUCCUCAAGACGUCAUGGGAGGCUUGCCAAGGCACAGAUGUCCUCAUUGAGAGCCCUAGUGCAAUGGCUGGCUACCACAUCGCUGAGGCUCUGAAGAUCCCGUACUUCCGUGCGUUCACUAUGACCUGGUCUCGGACGAGGGCAUACCCACAUGCAUUCGCUGUUCCAGAGCACAAGAUGGGAGGCAAUUACAACUACAUGACAUAUGUACUGUUCGACCAGGUAUUCUGGCGUGGAACGGCUGGACAGAUCAACCGCUGGCGGAAGCAUACCCUCGGCCUCCCGGGUACUAGCCUGGACAAGAUGGAGCCUCACAGGAUUCCGUUCCUUUAUAACUUCAGCCCAACCAUCGUGCCCCCACCCCUUGACUGGCCCGAAUGGAUUCGCAUCACGGGUUACUGGUUCCUCGACGCCGCCGACGUGGGCUCGAAGAAGUGGGAACCCCCGCAGGAUCUAUUGGACUUCAUCGAUGCAGCGCGCAAAGCUAACAAGAAGAUCGUUUACAUUGGCUUUGGGAGUAUCGUCGUGCCCGACCCUAAGGCUAUGACGCGCUGUGUCAUCGAUGCGAUUGUGCAGAGUGGCGUGCACGCCAUACUGUCCAAGGGCUGGUCUGACCGACUGGUGAAGAAUGUCCCAGCUCAGACCGAGCCCGAAGAACCUCUGCCGAAGCAGAUCUAUCCCAUCUCGUCCAUUCCCCAUGACUGGCUAUUCAAGCAAAUCGAUGCCGCUUGCCAUCACGGGGGAGCAGGGACAACCGGAGCGAGUUUGCGGGCUGGCAUCCCUACGAUUAUUAAGCCGUUCUUCGGUGACCAGUUUUUCUGGGGUGAUCGCGUCGAAGCACUGGGUAUCGGAGCUGCUGUGCGCAAGUUGACCGUUGAGAGCCUGUCGCAGGCGCUUCGUGAAGCCACAACUAAUCAGAAGGUCAUCGACCGCGCCAAAUUGGUUGGCGAGCAAAUUCGAGCUGAGAACGGCGUUGCGACUGCUAUAGAAGCCAUCUAUCGUGACAUGGAGUAUGCUCGAACCCUGAUCAAGGGCGUUGCACAACGUCACAUCGAGGAACACCUUAAUGCCGAACACGCUACCAUCCGCGACUAUUCCGGCUCGUCCACGCCUCCGGAGCGCGCAAGUCCCAGCAUGUCCGCAUCUGGCGCGGUCAGUGACUGGAGUGUCAUUUCUGACUCCGACGACGGUCCACACGAGCCUCAAUCACCUUAA